AUGGCGCCGGCGGAAGUCAUUGCCUGGGCUCUGAGGAGCCGUGCUUGCCCCUCACAAUCAUGGCGGCCAGGGCGGGGCCUGGGCGGGGGACGCGGGGCGGCGGCCCUCGGAAUAAGCGGUCAUGUGACUGGGAAGAUGGCCGUCUUUCCUUGGCAUUCCAGGAAUAGGAACUACAAAGCUGAAUUUGCAUCAUGCCGCCUAGAGGCUGUGCCACUGGAGUUCGGGGACUAUCACCCUCUGAAACCUAUAACUGUCACAGAAUCAAAGACAAAGAAAGUGAACCGGAAAGGAAGCACUUCUUCCACGUCCUCCUCCUCCUCCAGCUCCAUGGUGGACCCGCUGAGCAGCGUCCUCGAUGGGACUGACCCCCUGUCCAUGUUUGCAGCCUCUGCCGACCCUGCAGCCUUGGCAGCAGCCACGGACAGCUCCAGAAAGAAACGUGAUAAAGAUGAUAACUCUGUUGUCGGAGCGGAUUUUGAGCCUUGGGCCAACAAACGGGGAGAAAUCCUUGCCCGAUAUACAACUACAGAAAAGCUAUCUAUCAAUCUGUUCAUGGGAUCUGAAAAAGUUUUGCAGGUUGUACAAGAUGUGUGGCACCAGCAUUUUCUGCUGAGGACCUCAGGCUGUUUCCACACAAGAAGGAAAACAAAUGAGAGCUGGUGUAUACGGAGAUCACAUGGUGAAGGAGGAAGCAGGAGAGAGAAGGAGAAGGGUCCGGGCUCUUUUCAACAACCAGUUCUUGUAGGAAUAAGAAUGAAUACUGUCUGAUUUAAUUAUUGGGAGAAUGACACCAAGCCAUUUGUGAGGGAUCUGCCUGCCCCGUUUUCUCAAGCUACUCUUACCAGGCCCCACCUCCAACAUUAGGAAUCACAUUUCAACAUGCAAGUUGGUGGGGUCAAGCAAACCAUGUCCAGACCA